UCGGAAAAAAACCCUUUUUCUAAUUUCUGCAAGUGUCAGCUACACAGUGGUGAAAACCGCAUGUCUCUAUCUCUUUUCUAUCGUGAGUUAUUCAAAAAACGGCAGGGUGCCUUGUAUUUUGAAACAGGUAGUAGUCUUUUUACUAUAACGGGUGAGCCAUAAAGAAUAACUCUCUCAGUAUUUUUCCUUUAUCACUUGAUAUUUUAGUCUCUUAGAGUUAGUUUCGUCUUUAGAAGAUGCACCGUUCAAUUUUCUACAAAAAUAAAUAAUCUGAUAAAGGCGAAAGCCUUCGUUUUACUCGAAGAAAAACAACAGUUGUCCAGAAGGCCAACUUUAUAAUACAAAAAAAAUCUCUUUUUCAAAUAGAAAGUCGGAUUUUCUGGUUGAAUGAAUUCUAAGUAGUUUAAAAUGUAGCCCUUGAAAAACUAUCGACUGGCUGAUAUGAAAAUUUUAUGUCAUUACUUUUGGCUUUUUGGUACAGAAUUUAUGAAAUGACACAAACCCUCUUUUUACCAUUUUCGCACACAUACCAGUUUGGCACCUUCUAGUAAAAUCACUGUAAAUCAGUCAAAACUGAACAAUUAACUAAGCUCAAUAUUGUGUCAUUUUAUACAGAAAUGGUUUCUCUAGCAGAAUAUUGAGGAAAGAGUUGAUUAUGCCGCUUAUCAAGAAUUGUCGAUGCUGUUCUCCGAAAAUUUUCACGAUUUAGUAAGUAAAAUUAUUAAUCAAAGUGAACAGAAACAGCUUUAAUUUGAUUCCAUCGGAAGAGUACACUUGAAUAGUACAAGGCAAUAUCUAAGUGCCAGGUUAGACAACCAUUAGCAUGGUUUCAGCUGUGAACCAAGUUUAUUAAAAAACUUUUACAAAGUUAAGACUUCUGGACAACUGUUGUUUUUCUUCGAGUAAAACGAAGGCGUUGGCCUUUAUCAGACUAUUUAUAGACGAUUUUGUAGAGAAUUGAACGGCGCAUCUUCUAAAGAAAGAACUAACUCUAAGGGACUGAAAUAUUAAAAGAUAAAAGGAAAAGUACUCAGACGGUCAUUCUUUAUGGACUACCCGUUACUUCUUGUUUUUCGUGUUUUGGAAUCGUUUUUACUUUAUGUUUAGCCAAUUGUUCCAAUGUUUACAAAAAAUUGUCGUGAAGCAUUUCGUAGCAUGGCAUGUGGUCGACGUUUACUUCGUUAUAUUUACGAGAAGACUCGACUACCAACAUAUCUCGGUACACCGAUUUUACAUGAUCCAAAUCAAACACCAGAAGAAUUAGCAAAAAUAGUUAAAGACUCUAUUGAACAAAUGAUUGCUGCUCAUCAACAUCGUCCCGGUAGUAUUACAAAAGCAUUUUUUGAUCGUUUCUCCUAG